CGCUAGGGCCCGCGCACUUUCAGUCGUGUCUCACGACUUGCGCAUAUUCAUUCAUAUUUAAGUUAACUGUAUUUGUUUAUGAUUAAAAAAAAAGUAUAUAAUUGAUUGAUCGAUUUACACGAAGUAUUUAAAUAUUUAAAUACUAAAUAAUAAAUUUAUUUAACGAAUUUUGAAUUUAUCUAUCUAUCAGCACCUAAAGUACAGGGCUGAAUAAAUAAAAAAUAUCCAAGGCCAUAAUCAUUACACAAUGAGUCGUACAGGAUAUACAUGUAUUAGACAUGUCUUUUGCUCGAUGAACGUGCUAGUUUGGUUAUCGGCAUGUGGAAUACUCGGAGCAGUGCUUUGGCUACGAUUAGCCAAUUCAGGACUCGCUAAUUUAGUGCCACAGUAUAACUAUGCAUCUGCUGACACAGUAUUUUUAAUUAUCGGAGGCGUUACAUUUGUCGUGGCGUUCUUUGGAUGUUGUGGUGCAUGGUUUCAAUCCAGAUUUAUGCUUAUAACUUACUUCAGCUUGGUAAUAAUGUUAUUCUUAGCUGAAUUUAUGCUUGGAGCAUUGACCUUUGUUUUUCGUGAACAAGUUUCCAGAAGUGUACAAGAGGAAUUAUUGUUGGGAAUUCAUAAACAUUAUAAUGUAACACGUGAACCUGGUACUCUUCCCGCACUGUGGGAUCAUAUUCAUCAAGGAUUACACUGCUGCGGUGUUCGAGAUUACACAGACUGGUUCCAAAUCGACGCAUGGCCAACAGAAGACCGUGUCCCUGAUUCUUGUUGCAUAAAACGGGAGCGUUACUGCGGACGACUAGACCCGGAGGGCAGGAACAAAGAGUCCUGGUACAAAGAAGGAUGCGCGUCAGCCAUUCAAACGUGGGUUAUACAAAGACUCCACGUGCUCGGAACUGUAGGCUUAAUCGUCGGAUUCCUCCAGCUCUUUGGGCUUGUCACCAGUAUGAUUCUCUUCUGUACCGUGAAACACAAGCGAUCUUCCCACAGCUACAAGAGCUACGACACAAAUGCCAGCUAGGAACGCGCGUGGAUCCCAGCCUACGGGAUCCACGAUAAUUCUAUUGAUGAAACUACUACAUGAGUAUUUUUAUUAUUAAUUUUAUUCCUACAAUAAACAUCCAAAGCCUUCACGAGCUUUACACUUGUGCCAAUGCAUAAGUAUUUACUAAUAAUAAUAAUAACAAUAAUUAUUGUUAUCAUAAAUAAAAUUUUUUUUUCAGAGACUGCAUGUAUUUUUAAAAAUUUUAUUAUUAUUAUUAUUAUUAUUAUUAUUAUUAAUUAAUUAAUUAAUGAGCUUUAAAUUUGGUAAUUACCAAAAAUAUCCAAAGUUGCUUCAUAUAUAUAUGUUUUUUUUUUUUUAAUUAUUAUAUUUUAUAAUUUUAAAAUAAGAGCCAUAAUAACACUGUAAAAAAUUUUAAAAGUGAACACGAUUUAAAUCCGGAGUAAAAGUCACUCCAAAGGGGAAAUCAUUUUAAUAUUAAAACUCUAAAUCGGGGUAAAUGCAGAUUAAAAUAAAAUCCAGACCAUUUCAAAAUCACUGUUCUGAAAAAAAAACUCCGUAUGGGAAGAGAUUUUUUAAAAAAACUCCGAGAGACAGAGGGAAUUCGGAUUUGAAAAAAAUCCGUAAUCACUCCGAUUUUUUGCAGUGUGUUAAUUAUUAAUGUCAAAUAUUUUUGACUGUAUUAAUUGUUGAAAUAAUAGACUAGUAUUAAUAAUAAUUAUGAUGAUUGAAGAAAAAAGUAAAUAUUGUGCCAGUGAAUGUAUGAAAGUAUGUAAGUUAGUAAGAUGAUUAUAUAUAUUUUUGAAGGUUAAUAUGUAGAGUGUAAAAACAAAUAUUUAUUGAUAAUUAUUUGAAACAAUAACUUUAGUUGUAAUUGUAAUUGUAACCAUAGUAAUCACGAUUAUUAUGAGUAAAAAAAAAAAAUUUUAAGACGCAAAGAUUAUUUUUAGUAAGACUAAUUUAUUUUCUUUUAUGGUUUUCAAAGGCUGUUGUGAAAAAAAUAAUUAUCUUUGAUUUAUGAAACCACAAGGCUAAUCCAUAAAUCCAUGAAGAGAAGAAACAAUCUAUGAAAGACAUGUAUAGAAUAUGUGACCGCGAGAUAAAUUAUUUUGUUGACGUAAAUUGUUUAUUUUAUGUUAAUUGUUAGUGUCUAAAAUAUAUAUAACAACUAUUAAUAUAUAUAUAUAUGUAUAUAUAUAUAUAUAUAUAUAUAUAUAUAUAUAUAAUACAUAUGUAGUAAUUGUAUUUAUGUAAUGAGUAAUGAGAUAAUAUAAAAUUUAAAUUUUAAGUUUUGAA